AACUCAGUGUCAGUAGUCGUACCAGUAAGCGAUUAACGAGGCUUUUAAAUUGAUCUGCUGUCUGCAGUCGGCCACCGUACGCCUCCACAAUUUGAGUUUCUCUUGCGUUGAUUUAGAACGAAAGGAUUUAUUUGAUUCGUCCCACAUUUUGAUGAAUCCACGAGAUAUGGGUCACUCACAAAUAUCCGUCAGAGGACUUUUAUCGUUAUGUGUCGUUUUGUCACUCCUGUCUUUGACGAUAACUCUUUGCAGGUUCCUUUCGAGUAGUCAUCCUCCCAACUCCCUCGAGAAGACGUACCGUUCACACGUCAGUAAACCCAGAAUGGAAGACGUGAUAGAUAUGAAUAGCUCUUCGCUCAGGAUAUGGGGAGACGAUAAUCAGUCGAGUCCAUGCUACACUUACGAGACCAGAUUUGCCAAAGGUCUGAGACCCAUUUGGCUCCUUUCCUACCCUGGUUCUGGGAACACCUGGAUGAGGUACCUCCUCGAGGGAGCCACGGGGAUCUUCACUGGGUCAGUUUACGAUGACAAGAUCCUCUUCGAAGGAGGAUAUCUUGGGGAACUUGAGGACGUUAAAUCCGGCAGGACGCUCACCCAGAAGACUCACGAUACAGUGUCUGACUUCAGCAUCCCCACGAUAAUCCUAAUACGAAAUCCAAAGAGCGCCUUGAAGGCCUACUGGAAUUUCAAGAAAGGAAAGAAGACUACCAACCCACACCUGGCCCUGACGUCUCUAGGUUACUUCCAGGGACCAGCAUUCCGUGACUUUGUCACUGACAACAUUAGAUUGUGGGAAACUUUGCUGGUUAAUCACCUGCUCUUGACUCAAGCUCCGACGCACAUUGUGUAUUACGAACAUCUCAAACACAAUACGUUGUUUGAGAUCAGUCGCUUACUGGAAUUUCUAGGCCUUCCCGUCAGCGAAGGACGCAUGAGGUGCCUUCAGUCACACAUCACAGGAUCCUUCAAGCGCAAAGGGAGAGAGAUGAAGGAUCCCUUCUCCGAAAGCGAGAACAGGUCCUUCGCCGUUGCCGUAUCGUCAGUCCGUCGGCUCCUCAGAGGCUUGGGAUAUCCUGAACCUCCGCUCUAUGAUGACGUCGUUGAGUUGUAGACAUUACUCACAACAGAUCUUG